UUCUCAUCCCAUCUUAUAUCCUCACACGCACAAGUUCGCUUACAGAUCUAACUUGGAGGCAUGAAAAGGGAGAGAGAUUGCGAGACGAGCUUGGACUUGGCCAAUUGUCUCAUGCUGCUGUCUCACCGUUCUCACCAGCAAACAAAGACUGAUAGUUUAGAAUUUGAGUGCAAGACCUGCAGGCGGAAGUUCUCGUCGUUUCAGGCGCUGGGAGGGCACAGGGCGAGCCACAAGAGGCCGAAGCUCGACGGAGAAGACGACCUGAAAGCAGAGGCCAAAUCUCUCAAGUUGGGGAACAGACCCAAGAUGCACGAGUGCUCCGUUUGCGGGAUGGAGUUCUCGUUGGGCCAAGCUCUUGGAGGCCACAUGAGGAAGCACAGAGCCGCUCUUCACCCUGACACGAACCAAGUCGACCAUGUGCUCGCCAAGGUCCCUGUUCUUAAGAGAUCCAAUAGUAAAAGGGUGUUUUGUUUGGACCUCAACCUAACGCCUCUCCAGAAUGACUUGAACUUAUUGUUUGGAAAGACGGCGCCCGCCUUCACUUGAUAUCUUCCUUUGUUUCAUUCUUUUAAUUCUUGUCGCGCCAGCUCUGCUGAAUUUCAUUUGUAUUCAUUAGCCUUGAUCUUAACAUUCAUUGUGUAUAUUUUUCAAUUCUUUCAUUCACAAUUUGGUAGGAGUUUAGAAUUCGAUCACAUCCAUCUUUCAUGUAUUUUAACCACAAGUUAAUGUUUGAAGAGACUUCCCCUCA